CAUUUCCGCGCACUGGAGUUUCGUGCCCAGAGAAUAUAUAACCAUGCCGAGUGUCUUGUAGGACUUCUAUCACCAACUAAUCUAAUUCCAUCUUGUGCUGGUCACUCGCUAACUGCAUUACAUUCUCUUUCAUCACGAACCUUUAUAAAAUACAUCUUCUUCAGUAUUCUAAUAAUAAUCUAAACAAGAUGUUCCCCUCCACCUUCCUCAGUAUUGGCUUGUUCGCCGCCACAGUUUUGGCCCAUGGCAACAUCACCAGCCCUCCAUCCCGUCUCCCGGGCCCAGCAAUGGCCAAGGUAUGCGGUCAAGCCGCUGUUGCAGCCAUCAACGCCGACGGCACUGGUCCCCUCGAGAACAUUCCCAGCAACGGCUCGCCGCAGUGCAACAUCGGCUUGUGCAAGGGUGCGCAGUUCGCCGACAACCAGCGAAAUGUCCAGCAAUACGCACCAGGAGAGCUGGUCAACUUCUCUGCCGUUCUUCCUAUUCCUCACGAGGGGCCUUGCAACAUUUCAAUCAUCGACACAGCAUCCAACACUAUGAUCGAGACACUGCUUGUUUUCGACUCGUACGCAGACGAGAACUUGGCGCAACUCCCUCUCAACAACACACAGUUCAGUGUGAACAUGCCUCAAGAUCUGGCUGCUGGCCAGUGCACACAGCCGGGAGCAUGCACCAUGCAGUGGUUCUGGUUCGGAACUGCCGCGCAGCAAACUUACGAGAACUGCGUUGACUUUGUUAUGACGGCAUAGAUGGCCGCAAGCUGUGGUGUCAGGAAACAUUAAUGGGUGGACGGCAUUGUUUUCGAUAUCAGCGCAUUAAAACUUUUGAGAAUACCUGGUUGUAAUCUCAUGACGUGGUCGUUCAUGGUUUUCAUUCGAUACCCAUAGAGUUCUUCGCUUGCUGUGCAAUAAUGUCAUCUGUAUAUAUCGGUCAAGUUGUCCAGUGCCAGGCACAGAACAA